AUGAUAAAAGAUGAAGUGAAUGUAAACAAUGAUGGUGUGGAAUCGGAUCAAAUAAUCUCUGAACAAAAUAAUGAAUUAAGAGAUUUCCUUGCAAAAAUACAGAGUAUCAAUUCUAAUCAAACGGAAUUAUUGUCACAAAUUCUAUUGGAAAUUAUCAUUGCAGAGAGAGAUGUCACGGAAUCAGCUGAAUCAAUCAAACUUAAAAGUCCGAUACUUUCACGAACUAUAGCAUUAAAUACUGGUGUAAUAUGGACAAUACCAAUCAACACUAAUGAACAAUUUUAUAAUGAAUUAAAAUAUUGGCCAAAUUCACCUAUAUUUCAACGUGUAUACGAUUCACGUGAUUUGAUAUUUUGGGUACGGUUAAGAAUGAAUGAAGAUUCUACUAAACCAAGAGGAAAUCCGGUCGUCACAGAAGACAAUAGUAAUUCUUUAUUACAAAGUAACACUAAACAAAUAAUUGACAAUGAAACCAUUAAUAUUACUGCACAAACCAGUGAAAAUCAGUUACAGAUAACACCAACAACAACAAAGUCAACAAUAAAUAAUACCGAGGAAGAGCAAAAUGUGAAUCAAGUUGACGGUAGUAAAAAUAUUCGCAACAGGGAUAAGGUGAUAGAUGAUCAUAAACAUUCACAUAUUGAAAUUGAUGAAUAUUUUGAUGAAUCAUUACCAACAGUUAGUGAAGAUGAAUCUAUUGAAAAUGUGGAAUUAAUAAAUCAAACUGUGAUGAAUAGUCAAGAUAAUACUGCAUUACCAGUGACUAUAUUUACAUCGAUUACAAUUACACAAGGACCAAAUGUCUAUAAAGCUGGAGUUAUGGGUAUAACUCUGGAACCAGAUUAUUUAUCUGAACAGUUAAAUAUGAUUCCAGAAUGUUCAGUUACACAAUCGAACAAAUUAUGUUAUUUAUUAGAAGAUGCAGCUAACAUAAUUGCUGUGAACAACAAAUUAUUAUAUUAUCAGAUAGGUCAAUUCCUUGGACAUAUUGAUCCAGAUCUAAUGAAUUCUUUGGUUCAGAAUCAUGUUUAUGGAGUUCUGAAAGAUUAUGAUUUCGAAGGUACAUGUUAUCCGAGAGAAGACAUGCUUGAGACGACUUCUCCUGGAAUACACCCAAUACCGUCUAUCCUUACGUACACACAAAGUUUGUUCAAUGUGCGUAUUUGGUUGGAUCGAUUAUUGACAAUCGGUUCAGUAAGUGUAUUUAUCACCAGAGCAUUUAUCGUGGGACUAAUUAAAGUAAUAGUUUCAGGUGAUCUAAACGAUGAUGUCGAUCCACAAAAUAAACCAUAUCAGUGCAUUAAAUUAAUGCAUCGUUAUUAUUCAUUAAAUAGUGAGCUAUAUGAUACAAUAAAUCCACCAUUCAAUGCUGGCUUUCACCAUAGAUUUCAAGGACUUAUAUCAUGUUCUCAACAACGCAAUCGUGAUUGGUCAGUACAAUCGAUUAACGGUACAAAUCUGUUGUUACUUAUCACAGAUCCAAUAUUUGCUGAGUGCGAAAAGAUAACACUCAUUAAACGUUUACGCCGUGAUCCUGUAAAAGAUGUCGGUCCAGAUGUUUGUGAAACUUCCCGUGUUCCGCGCUAUCGUAGACAAUCACAAAAGUGGACUUUAGUUCCGAAUGAUGAGGAUAACCCACUUCAUUGUUCCAGUACAGAUAGAUUACAGAUUUCAUUAUACAUGAUCAUGAGUUUGAAUGUUUUUUCUUUCAUUGUAUUAUUAGUUAUUUAGUUUAUUGAUAUCAGAAACAUUUCCUAAAUCGAAUGUACACGAUUACUAGGGUUGAGAUUCUGUAAAACGUUUUGUGCUACUCACUAUUAGUCAAUAGUACAACAAGAGCAAAAAAUAUCGAAUUGAUGGUCAUGGGUUUAAUUGUCUACAUAAUUGUGUGCCCUCAUAUUAUGCAAAACCAAUGUUAUUUAAAACAAUGAUAGCUUAAUUUAUUCUACAUUGUUAUUCCAUUAUAAUCUUGUGUUUUAUCUGUACGUAUCUUGAUCUGAUAGUUCCUCGAUAUACGUUACCAUUUAUUAACCGAGAUACAAGUAAU